AUGAUGGCGGAGUGCGGCGGCGGCGGGGGUGGCGGCGGCGGCGUUGGGGGACCGAGGAAGAAAGCGCUCUCCCUGCUGGAAGCUGCCCGCUCCCGCUACGAGAGCCUGCAGAUCUCGGACGACGUGUUCGGCGAGUCGGGCCAGGACAGCAGCGGGAACCCCUUCUACAGCACCUCGGCCGACUCGCGCUCCUCCUCCGCCGCCUCUUCCGAGGACGAAGACGAACCCACCACUUCCUCCAUCUCCUCCUCCUCUGCCGCCGCCCCGCCGCCGCCGCCGCCGCCGCAGCCCCUGGCCCGGGAGGUAGAGACAGCAGCCGAGGGACCCGCCCGCGGGGGAGGCGUCUGCUGUUUUCAGGGAGGAGGAGGGCACCGCGUCCCGAGGGCAGGAGCUGCGACUGGUGGGCAGAGGCAACUGCAACAGCAUCAGCUCCCCGGGCCCAUGGAUGAGGAGGAUGAGGAAGAGCGUGGAGGCUGGACCCAGACUUUGCGAGACACCCCUCCCCCUCGCUUCGAGGAUACCAGCGGUCCAACCCGAAAGAUGCCCCCCAGUUCCAGUGCCAUGGACUUCUUCCAGCUCUUUGUCCCCGACAACGUUCUUAAAAACAUGGUGGUGCAGACAAACAUGUAUGCCAAGAAGUAUCAGGAGAGGUUUGGGAGUGAUGGGGCCUGGGCAGAAGUGACCCUGACCGAGAUGAAGGCUUUCCUGGGUUACAUGAUUUCCACGAGCAUCUACCAUUGCGAGUCUGUUCUCAGCAUCUGGAGCAGCGGCUUCUACAGUAACAAAAGCAUUGCCCUUGUCAUGAGCCAGUCCCGCUUUGAGAAGAUCCUCAAGUACUUCCAUGUGGUGGCUUUCCGUUCCAGCCAGACAACUCAUGGCCUGUACAAGAUCCAGCCCUUCCUAGAUUCCCUACAGUAUGGCUUUGACUCUGCUUUUAGGCCUUCCCAAACCCAGGUGCUACAUGAACCCCUGAUCGAUGAGGACCCAGUGUUCAUCGCUACAUGUACAGAGCGAGAGCUGCGCAAGAGGAAAAAGAGGAAAUUUAGUCUUUGGGUCAGGCAGUGUUCCUCCACAGGCUUCAUCAGUCAGAUUUAUGUGCACCUGAAAGAAGGCGGUGGUGCAGAUGGACUGGACACUCUAAAGAACAAGCCCCAGCUCCACAGCAUGGUGGCCAAGAGCCUCUGUAGGAACGCAGCGGGCAAGAACUAUAUCAUCUUCACAGGGCCUAGCAUCACCAGCCUGCCCCUGUUUGAAGAGUUUGAGAAACAAGAGAUUUACUGCUGUGGACUGCUGAGUUCCCGAAAAAGUGACUGCACUGGCCUACCUCUGUCUAUGCUGAAUAAUUCAGAUGUUCCCCAGGCUCGAGGACAGUACCAAAUAAAGAUGAAAGGAAACAUGUCUGUGAUCUGCUGGUACAACAAAGGACCCUUCCGUUUUCUGACAAAUGCCUAUUCACCAGUUCAGCAAGGAGUGAUUAUCAAGAGGAAAAGUGGAGAAAUCCCCUGCCCUUUGGCUGUGGAAGCUUUCGCCGCUCACCUUAGCUAUAUCUGCAAAUAUGAUGACAAAUACAGCAAGUAUUUCAUUUCUCAUAAACCAAACAAGACCUGGCAACAGGUGUUCUGGUUUGCCAUCAGCAUCGCGAUCAAUAAUGCCUACAUCCUGUAUAAGAUGUCCGAGGCCUACCACGUGAAGAGAUACAGUCGGGCACAGUUUGGGGAAAGACUCAUAAAGGAGUUGCUGGGCUUGGAGGACACCUCGCUAUCCCAUUGACGCAUCAGUCUCGUGCCUCGAGGCCUGGGUAAGGGACCCACGUCAAGGGAGAGGGAAUCAGAAUUGGAAGAAAAUCUGCCGCUCUGGAUGUCCUAUCAGGGACCUGGUGACGCCCACCCCCCUGCUUGGAAAGUGACACUGUGAGGCCUUUAUAGGGAUAGAGAAAUAGAGACUUGGUCAGGAGGUGAAGCGGUUAUCUGAGGCUUCCACUGAAGAAGAGUGUCCCAUCCCACCCCACCAAGAAGUCGCCCCCCAGCUGCAUUGUGAGUGCUCUGCCAAUCCUUCAUGCACCAGACCGGGGUUUUUUUAGGUUGCUAGCCAUUUAUACAGUCAAUUGUAUCUGUUCAAUAGGGUGUAAAGCUCCUUAUGACACCCACUUGAAGCUGAUGAGUGAACUCAGGCUCCAAAUGGAGGAGGCUUGACAGACACAGGGGUCCCCCCCGAUAAUACUGAGUGCUGUUAGUUGUGGGGCAUGUCACCAUAUUACGUCAGAAAAUGGGGAGGAAAUUUAGGGAAGACUGUGACAUCUUUUGACAUCAUGGCAUGUCAACUGAUGAGGAUGAAACCAGCAAAAUAAGUCGCAUUCAUUCUUGAAACCGUUUAGAUCUGAAUGGAAGACCGUUUGGUUUUCCAAUUUGUCCAGGCAGUUCUUAACCUGGCAAUUUAGGAAAUGUCUCAUAGGGGAAAAAGAAGAAAAAGAAAAAUGAAAUUGGUUGCCAUUGAGAUAAAAGUGGUGGCAGCAGCAGCAGCUAAAAAAUGGUUUGCAUAGUCUGAUUAAUAAGUGAGGUAUUACUGAUGACUUUGGCGUCUUUGCCCUCAUGUAAAGGGGAAGAGGGAGAACACAGCGAUUUAACUGGAAGUGGAAUGUGACUGCUGUGCUUUUUCUUUCCUUAUUUUUAAGUGUGUCUUUGGCUUUUUCUAUGUGUUGCUUAAGAUCUAGCGUAAUGGGUGAUGUUCCCCUCCAUUUCUUUUACGCCUUCCUCACCCCCUCCCCCUGCUCUGCAUCUUGGGCACGGAUUAAACAACUUUGUGACUGUACCCAGCACAGGAAAGAACAGUUCACUUUGAGAAGGAACAUAUUGCAACUUGCCAAGUACUAUAGGAAUGCCUUUUAGAAUUUAAGCUUGGUCACCACUAUUGUCAUUUGCAAAAAAAAAAAAAAUUCACAAGUUUAAAUAUAGAUCUAUAUAUACACGCAUAAAUACACAUGUAACAUUAUCGAAACAGACAAAUCUCUUUAAGGUUAAGAUGACUGUGAGCUGAAUCUCUUCCGCAAAUUGGGAGUCCCACCGAUCUCACUUGCCUUAUUUUGAAUGGCCCCUUUGCUUAACACAAUUGUCUUCAGCAAGACCCUAAGAAAAGGGAGUGCAGAAAUCUCAAGACAACAUUUUUGGACAAAGUGCAGAAUUUGAUAAGAGGUGGCUCUUUGUUGGACCCCAACCAGAAGGAUUUAAUUACUGAAAUGGGGCCAUGUAAUAAGGCAGGCCUACAGCAUGAAGCCAGCAUAGGGGCAACAUUAGAACUAGAGAUGCAAUGUAUUUUCCAGCAUAGCUGGCAUACUUCCACUCAGGUGUGUGUUUCAAUACCCACUCCCUAUGCCAACCCCCAGAAAGCCUCAGAACAAGAAAAGUGGGUUGUUCUGCUCACCAUCAUCCCCAGGAUAAGAGCAAAUAAGUGCUGGACUUAAAUGUUCUUCCUUCAUCUGACCUUUAUGUAAACCCUUCAUUUUAUUUUUUUCCCUCUUCCUCCAUAAACCCCUCAUUUUCAAAAAUAUAGAAUCUGUUUAACUCAGGCUUUAGGAUUAUUGUUUUUUCCUUCUGAUUUCACAUUGAACAAAAUAGAAGUGUCCCUAAAGUAUGCUCAUGAACAUUUAACCAUUUCUGUAUUCUCAAUAAAGGAUUACUAGAGUCUUCUAGUUUUGAUUGGAUGCUUCGGAAUUUAGACCCAAAUUUAAAUUGUUUUUUAAAAGCCUCUUCCCUAUUCUUGUGAAAGCAAUGAAGUAACAUUUUGUGCUAGAUUUAAUUAGAAGCAGGUUUACUGCAUGGGAAUGAUGGAUUUUUAAUUUGUGGUCCUUUUUUAUUUGGCCUAGUAUUUCUGAAUUGAACAUGUUUUCAGCACUUACUGAGGGAGACACUAAGGAAAAGUGGUUGGUGUCUCUUUUUUGUCCCAGACAUUGGAGAAUCAGUUUCUUAAGAUAUUUUUACUUUUGUUUUUUCUGUGAUUUGAAAGUUAGGGAUGGGAAGAGAUAGGGUAAGAAAUCGAAGAGCUAAAUUACAGAUUAUUAAUGUAUUUCCCAAAUCCAAUUAAAGAGUUGAUUUACAGGUGUGUUAUCUAGUCUGCAUGGCUUCAGUUAAUUGUCCAAAGACUUGUGAGUUUCUUAGAAGGUCUUUUUUUUUUAAAUUUUCGAGUUUUGACCAAGAGCAAAUUCAUCAAACAAACCCUUUGCCCACCCCCAGUCUAGGUGGAUUCAGGUGCCUGUGUCUGCCUCCUAAACUGAUGAUUUUCUAAUUACUUUUACUUUGUACCUUGUGUCAUUCCCUGUUACUGUGAAGUUGUGUAUGCUAUUAAAUUACCAGAUAAUUAGAGAGUAAUUAGAUGAUAUUAGUGCCCUGUAACUGAAAUGGUAGACAACUGAUUUCUGAUGAACUGAUAGUUUAAAAAAAAAAAGCAAUCAGGCAGUAUGAACUAUACCACACUCCCUCUAGCAGAGGUUGCAAAUAAUUCAGCCAGUUUCCUCAGGGGAUUGGACAUCAGGAGGAUUCCCUAUUAGAUAUCCUAGCAAAGACUCUUUAAGGAAUUGUGUGCCCCCCACAACAUACCCUUGCCUUAUAGGUAUUUUGGGGUGGCUUUUGGAAUUUCUCUAGCUAAAAACCUACCUGGCUCCAUUCUUCCCUAGGGCUGACAGCGGUCAGGAUGUCACUUGAAUUUGCUUGUGGCAGAGUCUGACACAGUAGUGGAUGAUUAUUUGUGACAGGGGAACAACCUAAGUGACUGAUUUUUACAAGAGGGAGCAAGGAUGUCUGGUUGGCAAAGGGGUGAGAGACAGACAUACUCUAUUACAUUUCAUGACAGUGAGUUCCCAUGCUCUGUUUGGGUGCUGCCCCACCAGGUUGUCUUGAUUUCCUUUGGAAUGGUUUUGUCACUUGGUCUAAAAAAGAUUGACUCGUGAACUUCCCAGACCACAUGGUCCCCCCAGAAAAGCCAACAAAAAGAAAUGUAAAUAAAGUUCCUCCACAGGAAAUUUCUACAUUUAGUAGAAACACUAAAUCACAAUAGGCAAGAAUUACACUGAAUCAUGCUUUAAUAAUUCUUAAUAAUAAAUUUAAUAAUAAUUUGCUUUAAAUGAAUAAAUUCCUAAUUAUAUA